AUGUCUGUCUACUGCUCCAACUAUUACGGAUCCAUCCAGUGCCGCAACUUUGCGACUCGGUUCGGAGACCGAUGUGGUUUCUGCAAGGUUCACGAGCGAGGUAGGCCCAUCAAGGAAGGCAAGUUGCCCAAUGUUCCAACGGCCUGGGAGCCAUGCAGUCCGACAAUCGAAGAGGAAGAAGAUGAAGGCUACAAAACUACCAGCGGCUCGACACUGUGUGCUUCAACAGUCGAAGUGUCUCGAGGAUACCUCACGAAGGAGGAGCCACUGCUUGAUGUUACUCAUAAGGGCUAUCACUCUCGGGCUUUUCCAGACACAUCACCCCCGGUAGCCCCUUCCCGACUUGUCCACAGCAUGUCGGUGCUUCUUGACGAGGAAAUCGAGAACGACUAUGGCACGCCCGCUCGCAAUGGCAGAAACAUCCAACGGUGUUGUUGCCCGGUCUUUGACGCGGUGACUUGGAAUUGUCCAUCAAGAUUCUCUUCCCACGUCAACAUCCCCGAUCGCCUCUCCUGUUUGUCUUCAUCCAGCCUGACAUCAAUCCCCAACUUUUGCCGCUUACAUCAGAUCCUGCGACGCCAUCAUUCUGACUCCAUGCUUCGCCGAAAAAGCUCCAGACGUCGAUCUGGUCUAAGUCGCAGUCAGUCAUCAACCUCGUUCCGGUCAGCUGUUUCUCGGCUUGAACACAUUGACCCGGUCGUCGCUCAACGAGACGCUCUCAUCGCAGCACAGCUCUGCUACAAUCCCGGAAUGGGGUCGGAAAUCCCCGAGGAGGGGCGACCAUCAUGGGAUGGGCACGGCCUCCCUCGCGACGACAGCAAUAUACACCGUCCUGGUGAUUACGACUUGCGGCGUCGCCAAAGCAUUCGACUCAUCAACAAUGACCUGGGGCCGAGACCAUCGCUGGAUCCCCACUCGAGGCGGUCUAUUGAUCCAAAUCAUCGACAAUCAAUGGACCGCUGCCGAAGGAAGUCGGGAACAAACCGAACCAUGGAACGUGCCUCCUUUGACCACAGCAGUCUCCAGAGAUGCCCCAGUGCACGAUCGUCGUUUGAUCAUGCUAGAUCUUGGCAUCAUCGCCUUCCUCGUGGUGAAGAGCAUCGUCCUUCCAGUCGUGCAUCCUCAAGGCAAAGGCCGCCAUCUGUAUCCGAUUACAGUGCUAGCUUUUUACACUCGAUGCACUCUGCUCGAGAAUACGACCGAUUCGAAGACGAAAGGGCUUCCAUGAUGUCGGUAUCAAGACAUCUCCGCAAAUCCAGAUCAAUGCUUGUGCCGCCGCCAAACCACGAGCCGGCAAGGCCAUCAAAGCCAACCCCAAGCUACUACUUUACCAGUCAUACACCGAAUUCAAACAAACGACAGGGGUUUUCCGCCACAAAGAUCCAAAGAGAUCAUUCAUCUCGGCCCUCAUCAACAUUAAGCCAGGGUCUUCGCACUCCCAAGUCGAUGAGCUUCCUCAAGACUCGCAACAACAAGCAGCAGGAAAAACGACAACAUCAUAGCGAUCUCGCCGUACAGCUUGCCAAAGAGAAAUUCCGCGAGCAAGUCCAGAAACAAGAAACACUCAAAGCGCAAUCUUCCAUCUGUUUCCACACGACAAGGCAGCCGAGCCGCGCCUCGUCGGGCUUCCGAAAGUCACUCCGCAGUACCAGCAAUGCUAGCACAGGUGUUUCACUCGCAUUCUCAGCUUCGCACACCCUCCAUCCAUCCAAAGAUGCAAGCAUUCGCAAAACAGUGCGCAAGGUUUCAAAUGGUCUCAAGACCAAACUUAGGAACUUGUUUCGUCGCGCGAAAGACGACGAUGAUUCCGCGUCGCUGCAAAGGUCCUCCCCAGGGCUCAAACAAGAGCAGAAUCCUUCCACUCAAUCAGUCAGCAAACCUGGAGAAGAAGAUGAUUACAUGGAUGCCGUGGAUGCUGAGCCGGAAAGGGGCUCCAUAGCACGGGUCCUAUCCCGGAUCCCAUCUCUGCAUGCAGUUCCAUCAAGCUCAAAGCUCCGGUCCCGCCAGGCAAGCAUGGAGAGCAUCAGAAGCGAACAGGUGCACAAUUCUUUGGACGAUAAAUCUCGCGUCACGAGCUGGACAAACUCUGCUAUUUCUAUCAUCAGCAACGACAAGGCGCAUCAUAGACUUCGCCAUCUGUUCACUUUGGGAGGAACGUUGCCACCGGGGCCCCCAUAUAUAGCCCAGCUACCUUCACGAGUCAAAUCAUACCUCCGUUCAAGGCAGCGAAGAGAUGCGAAACAGGGUCAAAUAUUCAUGAAAGCCAAGGCUACAGGGACGAUCACACCUUCUGUGUCGCUGAACCGAAUCAUCUCAGCCGCUUCCUCGGUUGAAUGGAAGACCCAGUUGGCUUCGCAUGUAUCGAAGCGAGAAAGUGGUACGAACGAUGCUAGGAUUGGAAGUACAUUCGGCUUCAAGCUCACGGUGCCGAGCAUGGCAAACCCCUUCGGGCAUGUGCGAGAAAGGGCGGAUAUCGUGGAAGGAGAGCCCAUGUCCUCCUCAGAUUCUGUCCACUCGUCGAGAACAUUGACCGGCCCUUCCAAUAAGGGAGUGCUAUCAGACACUGUUGGCCAUACGACCCAGCUGGGUUCGCCUGUAGCCCGUGGCAGCAACGCCGCGGCCUGUCCUCGACUUUCGCAACUCAUGACUGGAGAGGACGAAUGCCAGCCAAAUCAUGUUGGGGAGGAGAAUGACAAGAUGGGAGGCAGUCAGCGCAUGGUGGACAUGUUUCUAAGCAGUCGUCGAAGGCAAAUCACAGGAAGUGACGAGACAGGGGCCUUCCUCUGA